AGCUGCUGCAUCACAGGAGCUAUCCAGUGCUGAACAGGAUCGCCGCUAUUUUUUAUUUUUUUAUUUUUCCGGGGGGAAGCUGGGGGAGGCAGAGAGUCUCGCACAGCGUCGCCGUCAGCCUCUGGUUUCCAUUUUCUUUCUUAUCUCAUGUUUUCUGGUCUCCACAUUAAGGAUUAUACCGUCCGGCCGUGUGCUUCCUCCGAGGGUCUUCUUCCUUUUCUACUCUCAUGCGUUUUUCUCGGCUCUGUGUUUUUUUUAUCCAUUGAAACAUGCCCCGCUCAUUUUUGGUGAAGAAGAUCAAGCUUGAUGAUUUCUCUUCGUCCAAUGUGGCCACGUCCCAUCACCACCACCACCACCACCACCACCUGGACGACUCCUACACUUUCGCCCGCUCCAUCACAGACUCGGUGACCAGCCUCGGGGUCCGGCUCAGUGAGAAUGGCUACAUCCAGGACUACAUCACUCCAUCCGUAUACACGGCGGAGAAGAAGAUGGAGCACAAGCUGGCGUCGCCGGUGUCCGACCCACUGUACUCGCAGGUGAGCGGCGGCGAGGAGUACUGCGACCCCGACCUGAAGCAGCCCGACAGCCCGCAGUCCGGCAUGACGGCCAGCGGCUUCUACAGCGGCGAGUCGGAGGCGCUGGACGAGGGUUACACCAUGGAUGCCUUCUUCAUCUCCGACGGGCGCUCCAGGCGGAAGGCGGACUCGGAAAGUCGCGGCGGCGGCUCGAGGAGCAGCAGCGCUAACGGCGGCACCACGGAGAAGGGAACGGGAACGGGAACGGCUCGCCACUCCUGCAACGAGUGCGGAAAGACGUACGCCACGUCUUCCAACCUCAGCCGACACAAGCAGACGCACCGCAGCCUGGACAGCAAGAUGGCCCGCAAGUGUCCCACCUGCAACAAGGUGUACGUGUCCAUGCCGGCGCUGGCCAUGCACAUCCUCACCCACGACCUCAAGCACAAGUGCGACGUGUGCAGCAAGGCCUUCAGCCGGCCGUGGCUGCUGCAGGGUCACAUGCGGUCCCACACGGGGGAGAAGCCCUUUGCCUGCGCACACUGUGGCAAAGCCUUCGCCGACCGCUCGAACCUCCGCGCUCACAUGCAAACACACUCUGCCUUCAAGCACUACCGAUGCAAGCGCUGCAAUAAGACCUUCGCCCUCAAGUCCUACCUGAACAAGCACUACGAGUCGGCUUGCUUCAAGGGCUCCGCGGACGAAGACGACGACUCCGGAUCAGAAAACUAA